GAGGAGGAGGAGGUUGGGAAGGGGGGGCAAGUGAGGGCUGGAGACUGAGAAUGGAUGGGGAACGCAAAACAGUGCGAGCGAGAGAGGAAGAGUGAACGUGCGUAUUCUGAAAGUCAGCAGUGAGGACGCAGAAAGUCCACAAGCUCACAUCAGCAGAGGAGAGAGCGUGAGGCGGAUCGGGGCACCCAGCCACUCUGAAGAGUCAAACACACAGCAAAGAGCCGUUGAGGGAGAAGGAAAAGAGGAAGAGUACGUGGAAGAAGAGAAGGACAGAAAACAGCUUUCCUCUGGUUUUGACCUCUCCAAUCUCCCCUGCCAUGAUCUCCUGGGUGCUCCUGCUCCUGUGGAUCUCCGGACAUAGGGUGGAGGCCAUGUUUACCCAGCAGCCCCAGGACAUGGUGGUAGUGGCGGGUGAGCUGGUGUCGUUACCAUGCACCAUCCCCGGAUACCGUGGUGUUGUCCUGUGGAUAAAAGAUGGACUGGCACUGGGAGUUGGCAGAGAUCUCCCUGGCUAUCCACGUUACAAAGUGACAGGCGACCAUGGCUUAGGGGAGCAUAAUUUGAGCAUCGAGCGUGUCGAGCUAAUGGACGAUGCAGUGUUUGAGUGCCAGGCUGUCCAGGCUGCCACGAGGUCCCGUCCUGGUCGGCUCACUGUGCUGGUACCCCCGGACGACCCAGUCAUCAGUGGCGGACCUGUAGUGAGCCUGAGAGCUGGCAAUCCUCUAAACUUGACGUGCCACGCUGACAAUGCCAAACCUGCGGCAUACAUUAUCUGGAUCCGGAAUGGAGAGGUCCUUAACGGGGCCAUGUACUCCAAGACAUUACUCCGAGAUGGCAGGAGAGAAAGCACAGUGAGCACACUCUACCUUUCACCAUCCAACAUCGAGACUGGUCAGCAGAUCAUCUGCAAGGCUUCCAACAAGGCAGUGCCCGAGGGCAAGGAGACCCGCGUCACUAUUGACAUUCAGCAUCUCCCUCUUGUCAAUCUCUCAGUGGAGCCUCAGCCCGUUUUGGAGGGCAAUCUUGUGAAAUUCCACUGCUCUGCAAAGGCCAACCCUCCCGUUUCGCUCUACAGGUGGGCCAAAGGUGGGAACAUGCUUAAGGAGGUCUCUGGGGACACCUAUGAGGUUAUCGUGGACCACUCAUUCUUCACAGAGCCUGUUUCUUGUGAAGUUACUAACUCGCUUGGCAGCACCAAUGUCAGUCGGAACGUUGAUGUCUACUUUGGACCUCGUAUGGCUGCCGAACCUCAGUCCUUGCAAGUUGACCUUGGAUCUGAGGCCAUUUUCAACUGUGCCUGGACAGGAAACCCUUCUCUGACUAUAGUGUGGAUGAAAAGAGGCUCUGGAGUGGUUCUUAGCAAUGAGAACCUACUAACUCUGAAAAACGUGAGGCAAGAGGACGCAGGGAAGUAUGUCUGUCGUGCUGUCGUCCCACGUGUCGGAGCCGGGGAGAAGGAAGUCUCUCUUACCGUAAAUGGGCCACCUACUAUAUCCAGCACACAGACUCAGCAAGCAUUACAUGGAGAGAAAGGUCAAAUCAAAUGUUUCAUUCGAAGUACACCUCCGCCGGACCGCAUUGCCUGGUCAUGGAAGGAAACUGUUCUGGAGUCUGGAACCUCUGGCCGCUACACUGUGGAGACUGUCAACACAGAGGAGGGAGUCAUUUCAACACUUACCAUGAGCAACAUCGUCCCAGCCGACUUUCAGACCAUCUACAACUGCACAGCAUGGAACAGCUUUGGCUCUGACACAGAGAUCAUACGCCUUAAGGAACAAGGUGGGAGCCAAGAAUCUCUCCCAGUGGCUGUGAUCAUCGGCAUCGCCGUGGGAGCGUUCGUCGCCUUCAUUGUCCUAAUGGGCACCAUCAGCGCGUUCUGCUGCACCCGCUCCCAGAGAAAGGAAGUGCACCUGGUUAUGCCCUCACUGCCCGUCUCCAUCUGUGCUCACCAGAGAGAAGUUGCAAGCAAAAUUAAGACAGAAAAUCUGAAGGGAGUUGUGUCUGCAAAGAACGACAUCCGGGUGGAGAUUGUGCACAAAGACCACAAUGCGGCACGGGAAAAUGAAGAACACAACUCCAUGAAACAGCUGAUGGUUGAACGAGGAGAGUUCCAGCAGGAAUCUGUUCUGAAGCAGCUAGAAGUGUUACAAGAGGAGGAGAAGGAGUAUCAGCACAUUAAGGACCCUACAAAUGGCUAUUACAGUGUCAACACCUUCAAGGAGCACCACACGCCUACCAUGACGGGGAAUCAGACCGCUGAGGUGAGGAACUCCACCAACACCGGUACCCUCGGCAAGCAGCGAGUGCCAACAGGCAUGUCCUUCACCAACAUCUACUCCACGCUGGGGGCAGGACCCAACCGCCUGUACGACUAUGGCCAGCGCUUUGUGCUUGGCAUGGGAAGCAGCUCCAUCGAGCUCUGCGAGCGGGAGUUUCAGCGUGGUUCACUUAGCGACUCCAGCUCUUUCAUUGACACGCAGUGCGACAGCAGCAUCAGCAGCUAUAGUAAGCCGGAUGGAUAUGUGCAGUUUGAUAAAGACAGCAAGGCAUCUGCCUCUUCCUCUUCCCACUACUCCCAGUCAUCCUCACAGAACUCGGACCUCACCCGACCCCUCCAGAAGCGGAUGCAGACCCAUGUCUGACCGCUAGAGAGGGAGGGUGUUUGGAUGAGGAGCAACAAGCAGAAAGGAUUGUAAAACUGUUAAAGAUUCCACCUGCAGGAUCCCCUGAAGUAUCAGUGUUUGUAAAAAUUUCCUAUGGGACGCUCAAACAACGACUGGGCUUGAUGGACCUUGUGACCUGCUUAGACAUCAAAAUGUCCCCAAAAAAUGAAUCAAGAAGCCUUAUAUUUCCUUAAUGUUUAAAUCAUCAAUCCUCUCUCCCUUUUUCGUUUUUGACCCAAAAUAGAGAUGUGCCACUGAGAGCUUAUUUGCCAACACAGACACUACAAGUUUGGAAUUUAACUUGCAACACUUGGUUUCUACAUUCAGAUUGUUAAGGAAUCAGAGAGCAUGAUUUCAAGGCUUUGUGUGACAAUCAGCUCUGCUGGCAUGGACCAAAUUUGCUUUCUGAAGACUGUGACACAGAGAAAAAGUGAGCAUUCAGCGCAGCACUCUUCACAAACUGCCAGACAAUGAAACAAAGCCAACGUCCUGCUGCCCUCUUGUAGUUUAAAGCACAACAAUGAAUGUGCAUGUUAUUUUCUGUCUGUUAAAUUUAUAACUUGCAACACUUUCUCCUUGCCCAUUCACGCUGUGUGCUAAGGUUAAGUUGUUGCAGGUGGAGGAGAACUUUAAAAAGAAUGCCUAUUUUCCCCGUCUUUUUCUAUAUUUGAGCUUCACAAGAAGAAGAGCUAAGAUCUCAAUUGAAUUUUGGAGUCAUGUUUUCACCUUGACGCUGCGAUAAAAGAACAUCAGUGUCCACUUUCCAGCAUCUAAUUUUUUGACUCAUUUUCCACAUAGCGCAGAAACUUACACAAGCGCCUCUUAAUGUCUAUAUCUAUUUUGCCUUGAGGGUCUGUUUGAACUGGGUCAUUGCUAACUUACUAAGUGAGAGAGACAAACACCAUCAGCUGUCCAGCUUAUGUGGAGCUGCAUCCAAUAUUAUGUUUUGAUACCAAAUCUAGUUCCAAGACACAUAAAAGAGGAAAUCUUACAAGCUACAACUUGCAUUGCAUUUGUCAGUUUUUUUCUUCUAAAUCUAAAGGUCAUCAACAACACUGAUAAAUAAAAAGUAAACAUAAUGUUCUAGCUACUUGUGUGAAUAUCCCAUUAGUAUUGUCAGUAUCACUGUUGACACUGGGGCUUAGUGCAUCCUGACUGUAUACCUACUAGUGAUUGUGCUGGUUGAACAUGACAAACAGAGACGGUUUUAUUUAUUUUUCUGUUUUUAUGUUGGCUAUGAAGACUGUGGUGGAAAGCUAAUGCCUGUUUUCUUCUUUUCUUUGUGUGACAUAUAUUAGGUUUUGUUCAGUACCCAGUUGCUGAUGCUGUACUCAGCCUUUAGCCACUUACACACUAACUUUUAUACCAUAAUAACUCUUGUAAACAUAAUUGAUCUUUUUAGAGAGGUUUAUGGGAAAACCCAGACUAUUGUCCAGAGAGUUUUUUAAAGUACCAAACCCUGCGAAUUCAAAUAGGUGAUAAGCCAAAGCUAUUGAUUAUAUCCAUUUCUUUCUAACCAGAACCAACAAAGUGAUUUGAUUCUUGUUUUGACUGCGUUUUUAAAGCAGAUGUAGAAAAACGACAUCAUGCCUUCCAAAAAUCUUUACACCACUUUAGCAGUUGUAUGAUUUUUACAACUAUUGGCUUUAAUGUAUUUUAUUGGGAUUUCAGGUGAUAGACCAUCACAUAGUAAAACUAAAUAUGAAGCAGAACGAAAAGGAUGUUUGUAUUUAUGCUAUCUAUCUUCCCAUCAAUUCUGAUCAGCUUCCAUCAUAUUUUUCUGUUUUAUUCAGGGCAAUGUGCAGUGUUUGUUUUCCUUUACACAUAAAUUAUAAAGGCCACAAAAUUAAGCUUUUGUUUCAUGUUGGCACAUUAUUCCUCUACAUGGCUAGUGGGAAGUUGCAAAAUGGACUUCUUAUUGCCUUUUAUGUUUUCACCCUUCCAUACAGACCAAAUUUGUAGAGUGUGUGACUAAUAAUAGUACUGUUGACAUACUCCUAACUUUGCUGCUCCUUCAAAAUUACCUCAUGCUCGCUUCUCUGAUUAAUGCUGUCAUUGCUUGGCUUGUUAGCUGGGAAGCCCUACUCAUUCUAUUUCUGGAUGAUGAAAUGGACAAUGGUCUUCAAGACUUUCAGAGCUUGUGAUGUUGCUUUAGAACGUAUCCCUACAUUCCCCAACUUGAUGACGGACAAGUUCGCUGUGUUCCUUGGACUUGAUGAUGCUGUUGUUUUUUUCACUAACAUCUGAGGCCUUCACAGAACAGCUGGAGUUAUACCGCAAUUAAAUCACAUAGUUGGAGUAUAUUUAAUAAGUAGGUGACUUCUGAUUAGAAUUGAUUGCACAUUAUUUUAUUUAACGAAUACUUUACAGUUACAUACUGAUGUGUGCUGGUCUAUGAUAUAAAAGCCCAAUGAAAUGCAGCAGAGCUAGGUUUUCAUAACGCGACAAAAACUUCAAGGGAUAUGAAUAUUUUUUGUGAGGCACUGUGUAUUGUGCAGCACAUCAUAUAUAAUACCAACAUACAACCCUUCAUGUUUUCCUGCAUUUCCUGGUUUUACCUUGGAAUUGCAUUUGCUUUAAUUAUCUCAAUAUUUUGAGAGAUAAACUACAGGGAUUCCUGGAACAACAAAUACUCUCAUGAAGCUGGAACACUUUGGCUGAUUAUAUUUUCUUUAAAAUUACAUAAAAAAUACACUACAGAGCAUAAAUGGAUUUCAGAAUGUCCUAUCUAAUUCAGUAGUUUUUUUUUUACUUAAUUUGCACUGCUGGAGGCAGUUCACUGGGAUGAUCCUGUGUGAGCUUGAAACUUCCAGUUCAUGAAUCAUCAAGCACUGUAUUUGAACAGAAGCAAGUUGUUGUUGUAAGCACUUUACACAUGAUCAUAUUCAAGGUAUUUGAAUGGGGUUUUUCCACUUGAGAGGCAGGGGUUUGGACUAAUUUUACAAAUGGACUGGUGCCCAUUGUACAGCUUAAGACAAAAAGCUCUGUUUCAAUGCUGAUAAUCCUGCUUGGUACUUAGCAGACUGUAUAUAAAUCUGUAAUACUGUCUUUCUCUGUAUAUAUUUAUAUAUUUUUUUUUCUUUUUCCUGGUUUUCAUUUCUUUUUCUCAGAUUUCUCAACAGCACAUUAGCUGUAGAGACAAACAAACAUAUGGUAUCAAAAUUAUACAGAGAGACAAUAAUGUU